AUGAAUGCGUCGUCUGCACACACAUACGGGCAUCCAUGCAACAGCGUGGAAGCAGGAAUGAUCUAUCAACCAACGCAAUUGCGGAGUACAAUACAUAGGAGAGACUGGCAGAUCAAUGUGAAGAAAUUACUCAAGUCUGAGACAAUGCCCAGCGACUCAUCCAUGUAUUUCGCCAUGAUAGCUUUCAUAUUUUGCUUAUGCAUAGAGUUUCUGGGUAAUUUUAUCUUAGUUGAUAGUGUACUAUCUCUACAUGACGGACUGGAACAACUUCCAAAACAGAUAAACGUGACCUCUAAAGGCAGUUUUGUGUCAGCAUUUGGUGAAAAUCUCCAUUGUAACUUCGACAAUGAUGAACGACUACUGCGUGCGGAGACGGAACAAACAAUAGCCAACAUCAAAAGCUUGGCACAGUCAUUAUGUUCACAGCUUGACACGAGCCUCAUUGAUUCCAUAGUUGUGAAAGAGCAGUUGUUGCGAACGAACAUGAAUAAAUGGAAAAAUUCUUUGAACGGGUUCGUUGGUGAGAUGAAUGUAGGCAAUAAAUUAAGUGAAGUUGACCAAGUUCUGAAUGCAAAGUGCGGUAUUAUAAAACACGAUCUAGAGGAAACGCGCAAUGUCAUGACUGACCUUUGUAGUGAAAUCAAAUCAUCUUUCAAUGAAACUGAUAAACAUCAUGAAGCAAUUGUAUCUGAGCUGUCGCUAUACAAAGACAUUAUUGAUGGGAUGUUAAUGAAGAUUAACACUGAAGCAAAUCUAUUUCGAGUGAAAACCUACACAAUUUUGGAACAAGAAAACUAUGUUGGUAAACUUGGUCUCAGCCUCUUAAUCACUAUUCUGCUUCCAUCCGUCCUUAUAAUUUUUUCACUGAUAGGUUUAUUUUUCCUACUUGUGAGGUACUUAGCUGACUGCUUCAAGGAGUCCGGCGAGCAGAAAUAUGCGAUGCGAGGGUGGCCAUCUCGUCUGGGGGCAUGCACACUGGGCUUUGGUGGUUACAUAGCUUUGACAAUUGCGAUUGUCUCAAUUAUUCUUUUAGUCGUUUACUUCAUUCUUGCUUUUACUUCCAUGUAUAUCUGCGUAGGUCUAUUUGAAGACGAGGAACUGCGUGUCUUAUUUGCCCUUCCUAAGCAGGAAAUCCGCAUUAAAAUUGCCACGAGGAACAUAACACUAACACUGCAUGAUACACUGUACAAAUGUAGGAAUGAAUACAGUUUCUUUGAUGCUAUAAAUGGUGAACAGAUAUGGGCCAAAAAAGAGCUCAAAAGCAAGCUGUCGGCAUUGCGUAAAACUAGUUUUCGAAGAACAAUUCGUAAUUUUCAAAUCAACGAAACACUGACAGAGAAUCUAGAAGCCCUGUUCCUGCAAUUAGAGCCCUGUCUCGGUAACAUCACAAGUGCUUGCCGAAGCAUUCAGCCCGGGACAUCAGUUUCACGAAAUAUGCAGGAUGACUGUGCUUCGCUGACGAAAAACCUUGCCGAAUUUGUGGACAACAUUAAGCAAGCUUUCCAGAUGCUUUCCUUACUGAGCUCCAGAAGUCGCAGAGAUAAGUUUGCAAAAGAAGUUAGUGAUUUAAUGGUGCAGCUUGAAGACAAAAUUGUGCUGAGAGUUGCAAAUCUCUUGAAGAGUAUGAAUGACUUGUCGCCACAAUGCAAAGCAUUGCUAUCCAUAUGGGAUGAUUUUGGUUUUUAUGUAUGCAAGAUUGUGGCUACUCCAGCUCAAGGAUUAUGGGUGGCUUGUGCCGUGACAGCGAUUGGAGCAUUGGCCGUCUACUCGGCAUUAUUCAAGGCAACAGCAUUUUUGAAGAGAUUCGAAGAAGAUUCUGAGGAAGAGGAAGUCGUGAUUGGACAAUCCUCAUCAAGCAGAAGUCGAACCCAUAAAUCCUCGCAUGAUUCACGCGUGGGAGUGAGAAAGAGCGGAUCUGAAGGGAGCGCAAAAAGACGAUCGAGAAAAUCAAAAUCGAAGAAAGCAAGAUCAAGGAAAUCAAGAUCGAGGAAGUCAAGAUCAAGGAAGUCAAGGUCAAGGAAAUCGAAAUCUAAGAAACAUUCUAAAAGUGCCAAGAAAGCUCAAGAUAUGAAGCCUAAUCAAACAUUGGGGGAGUCGCCGGCUGUUACACCUAAGCACCAACUGCGAGAAAGCGCUGGACGGGCGCCCUACAGUUUGGGAUCACUAUGAUUAGACAUUUUUGAAUCAAAAAAGCAUUUUUGAAAUUAUUCUUAUCAGUCAUAUUGUCUUCAAUGUCCACUUGUCGCAUUUAAUCGAAACUUGUAAAGAAUGUCAAUUAGAUAUUGUCUCAAUUUUUGGCUCUUGCAAGUUUCACAUAUAGCAACCAACCCAAAAUGCAUCCUAAGCCAUCACAAAAUAUAAUUCAAGACUUUCGAUUCUCCUGCAUUAUGUUCACUUAUGUGUCAUAACGAAUAAACCAAGCGUAAGUGAAUGGCAGAUCCCAUGGGGGUAGGGGAACGAAAGCCGCCAAUUUGAGCC